ACUUGGAUAAGCCUAGGCGGCUCUCUUGGCCUCACUUUCUCUCCCUUUCCGAGGGGGGGAAAAAAAAAGAAAAAUCAGAGAAAAAGAAAACAAAACCAAAUGCAAACAUCUCCACUUCUUUCUCUACAAUAACAUACACAUUUAUACAAUUUAAAUGGCGUCUGUUACUUCUGUGGCAUUUACAGCAAUCGGUCAAUCGUCAUGUGUGAGAAAGGUCAAUGUUCCAUCGACUCGCUAUUUAGCUUCGAAUUUCGAAGGUUCUCGUUUCCGUUCGAGUGUUUUAUGUCACUGUACCGGUGUUAGAGCUUCAAAUUCAGCUUCUUGUAUCGUUAUUCAAUGCAUGUCUGCUGCUACUGAUCUGCCAACUGUGUCUGAGACAAAGUUGAAUUUUCUGAAGGCAUACAAGAAACCAAUACCCAGCAUCUACAACACAGUUCUGCAGGAACUGAUUGUCCAACAACAUUUGAUAAGGUACAAAAGGACAUACCAUUAUGAUGCUGUGUUUGCCCUUGGUUUUGUUACUGUUUAUGAUCGACUCAUGGAAGGAUACCCAAGUGAUGAGGAUCGAGAGAUCAUCUUCCAGGCUUAUAUUAAGUCACUGAACGAGGACCCUGAGCAAUACAGAAUUGAUGCACAAAAGUUGGAGGAAUGGGCCCGUGCUCAGAAUGCCAAUUCAUUAGUUGAGUUCUCCUCCAGAGAAGGAGAAGUUGAGGGAAUAUUAAAGGAAAUUGCAGAGAGGGCAACCAAUGGGAGUUUCAGUUAUAGCCGUUUCUUUGCCAUUGGUAUGUUUCGACUUCUUGAGCUGGCAAAUGCAACUGAACCCUUGGUACUGGAAAAGCUUUGCAGAGCUUUAAACAUCAAUAAAAGAAGUGUAGAUCGGGAUCUUGAUGUGUACCGCAAUCUGCUAUCCAAGCUGCUUCAAGCAAAAGAAUUGCUCAAGGAAUAUGUGGAGAGGGAGAAAAAGAAGAGAGAUGAAAGGGCUGAAUCACAAAAAGCCAACGAGGCUAUCACAAAAUGUGUGGGAGAAUACCAAUCUGUUCGCCACUAAUUCAACACGUGUAGCACUCCCACAAUGCUAAUGGUUUUGUUGUGAAGCUUGGGUCCUGUUUUUUAUUUGCUUCGAGGUAGAGGUGGAGCCUUCAGGAUCUGGGCACCAUGUUUUAGCUUGUGGGCUGUCUUGUUUCAGUCUACACUUAAGAUUCAACCUGACUUCGCCAUGCUUAUGUGGUGACUUCGUGUGCGUUCGCUAAAUGUACUUUUCUGUUCAUAAAGUGUAAGUCUAUCUAAAGAUGCAUUCAAAUCAUCGUUACCAUUUUAUGACUCAUGGGCUUGAUAUCUUUCACUGCACAUUCGUUUGUUUGAUGAUUGAGAUACAUCUAGGCACGCCAAUAUUAUUUACAAAAUUUUAUUUUCAA